AUGGCUUAUAGAACUUCCAAACGAACUCCAACUGGUACUACACCUUAUGCCUUGAUGUAUGGACAUAAUGCAGUACUUCCUAUUGAGAUUAAUGUUCAGUCGCUGAGGGUUCGCGAGCAGCACCAGCUGAUUAGCGAGGACUAUGUCCAGGCUAUGUAUCAAGAACAUGAGGACUUGGAUUCUCGACGGAUGGAAGCUCUCGACAGCCUUAUUGCAGAAAAGAAGAAUAUAACACGGCUAUAUGACAAACGCAUGAGAGGACGCAGCUUUGGAGUUGGGGACUUAGUUUUGAAAGCUUGUUUGCCUUACGGUGAGCGAAUUGAUGGUCGUGGUAAAUGGUUUGCUAAAUGGGAAGGUCCUUUUGUGAUUGAUCAAGUAAUGGGUAAAGGAGCUUAUUACCUUCGCGAUACUGAUGGGAAUGUUCACAAAAAUCCUAUGAAUGGUCGCUAUCUUAAGAAGUACUUCCCUAGUGUUUGGGAGUAUGAAGAUCCACCGGCAGCGGUGCAGGCAACAUAA